AAAUUCCCUAAAAAAAAACAAAAGGUUCAGUCGAAACCCCUCAGCUGGAGAUGAAGUGACCUGUAGCUCUUACAGCUCAAUAACAGUUGGAUUAAUCCCACCGUGAACGGAAACGUGUGAAGACUGUGUCUGUGUGCAUGACCGUUAAUCCGCGCUGUGAGGAGGUUCUGGACAAAUCUCUGGUUCUGGAUGCGUUUUUCCCCAAGUGAACAAUUCUGCCGAGAUUUUUUAUUUAUUUAUUUAUUUAUUUAUUUAAAAAAGCGAAGCAGAGGAGAGUGUGUGUGAAACCUCACACUGAGAGGAGUGGGGCAGUCUGAUGGAUGGAGAGGGAGAUCAGAGGGAUCAGCAUGAGGAGCGCUUAAGGGAAGUCUUUCAGAGUUUCGAUGGGAGCGGUGCUGGUUCACUAAGCCCAGAGGAGCUAACCGAGCUCUGUCACGCCCUACAGCUGGCUGACCAAGCGCUACACACACUGCUACACACACUAUUCGACACACAGGACCAACGGGUUGAAUUUGAGCAAUUUAAGGACGCUUUGAUUCUGGUGCUUUCCUCCAAUGAAGAGACGCUAGCUAAAGAAAACCCUCCUCGACCAGUCUCCCCAGAGGUGCAGCCUCGCUUUGUAAAGGGCACUAAGCGAUAUGGACGUCGGUCCACACCGGAGUUCACACACUCCAGCUCGGAUCUUGUGCGCACACCAUCGGUGGAAAGAGACGAGGAUGCAGCCACAAGGACUUCCGAUGGGACAUUGCCUGUUAAGCGUGAGCGCUGGAACGCUGACGUGAGCAGUCCAGAGGAGUAUGAAGCAGAGGGCCAGCUGCACCUGUGGAACCCUGAUGAGCUGGGUACACCACAUGGUAGCAUGGUACCCCUCAGUGAUCUGGAGGAGAGACUGUACAGUGCCUGCCAGCAGCUCUCACUGCCCCUGCAUGGCACCGCUACCAUACAACAACUACGCACACUCUGCCAGCACCUUGGCUUAGAGGUAGGAGAGGAUGUCUUCCAGUCUGCACAUGAGAAGAAUGUAAGUGUGCAGGAGUUUGUAUCUUGCAUCCAAACCAACAGCAAACCACCUACUCCUUCUGCCUCAACACCUUACAGACAGCUAAAGAGACAUCACUCUACGCAGCCGUUUGAUGAGAUGGGUCGCAGGAUCUCAUCUGUGAUGAGUAGCACAAUCGGACUGCGGCUGUUUUCCGAAUUAGACGACGGAACGGGACACACAGCAGUGGAGCUACUUCUGGAUGCCUGGCUAGAAGACGGUGUAGAGAACAGCUCUGAAGUCCUGCAGGCUCUGGAUUUCAGCCUGGAAGGAAAGGUGAAUCUGAGUGAACUGGCUACAGCGCUGGAGAAUGAGCUUAUGGUCACAAAGAACUCCAUCCACCAAGUGGCACUGGCGAGCUUUAAGGCUGAGAUCAGAUACCUCCUUGAGCGUGUGGAUCUGGAGCUCAGGGAGAAAGAGAAGCUUCACUCUGAUUUGGAGAAAGCAGAGAAGCUCAAGUCCCAGCUGGCCUCUGAGGUGGACGAGCAUCACUCCGCCAUCGAACGCGUCAAUAACCUUAACCUGCGGAAGUUGGAGCAGGAACAUAAGGACCGUGUGGUGGCUCUGAAGGUGGAGCUGAGCAGAGAAGUGGAGCUUGUACAGCAGCAGGCCAUUAAGCAGAGAGAAGAGCUGGAACAGGAACUCAGUAGGAUCAGAGAGGAUGAGACCUUCCUCAGAGAACGCCUCACUUUGAUGAUUAAGGAAAACGGGCGUUUGGAGGCGGAGCUACUGGACAGCACAGAGCGGCUGAUUGAAGCGGAGGCCCAGCUUAAUAAACUGCAAAAGAACCUGGACAAUGUUCUCAGAGAGAAGUUUGGUGAUGUGGACCUUAGCAAUGCUGAGAUCUAUCAGCAGGAGGAACGUCUCAGGCAGCUGCGCAAUAGCUACGAGGAGCAGUGUCAGGAACUGCAGGAUCGUAUAGAUGAGUUGCAGGCUCAGUUGGAGGAGUUUCGUGGUUUAAGCCGAGCCCCGCAGACCUCCCUCGUGCCCUCUCUGUCUGAUGAGCUGGACAGCAAGAGUCCUGGCAUGGAUUCAGAUCAAGGCCUAGGUUCCGAAGAAGGGCAGCCCUUUAACAUGAGUCUGGAGGCAGAGAUGAUGCUGGAGCAUUUGAAAGAGCAACACAUCAGAGAAGUGGAAGACAUCAAAGCACAGCUAGAUUCCACGGUGAACAAGUGUGAGCACAGGCUGGAAGAACAAAAGGCCUCUCUUGAGGAGGAGAAGAGUCUGCUGUCCUUACAGCACCAACAGGAGGUAAAGGCUAUGAGGGAAGAAAUAAAUGAAGCACUGAAGCGAACUCGAGAUUUGCAGGAGCAACUGGAGCAGGAGCGACGCAGCAUGGAGGCUCAGCAGAGUGUCGAGCGUGCUGAGCUACAUGCUGCUUACCAACGGCAGAUCGAUUCCCUCAGCCAGGAGGUGCAGGAUGCCAGGAUCCAUGCAUUGGAGCUGGAGGAGCUGCUCAGGGUGCUGGAGGAGCGAGAGAGAGGAGUGGAGGAGAGCAGAGCGAGGGACAAAGAAGAGCUGAGCAGGGCUCAUGCCGAGGAGCUUCACCAAAUGGAACUGCAGUACAAGGAGACACUCAAGACCAGUCUGCAGAAGCAGAAGGGGGAGGCAGAGAAGACACUCUCAGAGGAGUUGGAGAAAGAAAGGAAGCAUCUGGAAGAAGUUCAUGGGGAGGUGCUGAGGGUUCAAUUAGAGGAGGUGCAGCAGAGAGCUGAGCAGGAGCGAAUCGAAUUGGAAAGGAGGCUCAGGGAAGAGUGGGAGUGGGACAGGAAGCAACUAGAGGAGAGCAGAAGGAAAACAGUUCAUGAGGAGCUGGAACGUUCACAGAAAGAGCAGGAGGAAAGCAGUAAGAGGCUCAGAGAGCAGUGGGAAAAGGAGCUUACUCUUCUACAAGAACAACAUCAUACUGAGCUGCAGAAGUGUUUACAGCAGGAAAGGGAGCGACUGCAGGCCCAGGAGGAAGACAAGGAGCAUAGAAUGAUUGAGGAGUGGGAAAGAGAGCGAGUUCAGCUACAUGAGCAGCAUGAGGAGGUGCUGCAGGCCAGGCUAGAGGGGCAGAGAGCACAGUAUCAGGCACAGGGAGAGGAGCAAGAAAGGAAGUGGCAGAAAGUGCUGGAAGAACAACAGGGCCAAAUGGAAGAGGCACACAGGGAAGCCAUGCAGGAGCUGAGUAUGAAACACAGUGAAGAGAACGAGAUAUUGAGCUGCAUGCUGGAGAAACUACGCACAGACAUCGGCAAGGAGAGGGAAGUGCCAGAGAAUCACUUUACUCAGAGAAUCAGAGAAGUUGAGGCCCUUUACUCUGAUGACAAGGAAGUGGUACUGAAGCAUUUUCAGACAGAUGUAUGUGACCUGGAACAGCACUACCAGAGCAAAGUAGCAGCACUUACCCAGCGCUAUGCUGUAGACCAUGUGCGAUGGGAGGCAAAGAUGGAAACUGCCAACCAGGAGGCAGAGCAGCAAAGGAAACUCCUGCAGGAGGCUCUUCAGUUGGAGAAGGAGACUAUAGGUACAGAUCUCACACAAGAGCGAAAGAGGCUAGACCAUAGCUAUACAUUAGAUACGGAUGCCCUAAUGGAGAGAAACCUACACCUUCAGAGCGAACUGGAGAAUAUUGUUAAAUCUGAACAAAUCAAAGAGUUUUGCCGUGAAUUAAGUGAGCUGUGCAACAGACUACAGGAGAAUCUGAAAGACAAAGACACAUUGCUAGUACAGACAGAAAACAAAGCUGCAAAACUUGAGCUAUUGCUUAAUCAGGCUAUGGAUGACUUAGCCCGAGAGAGGGUGAAGUUUCUAGACUGUCUGUUUCAAUUGGAGAGACAGCAUGCUGAGACCUUGUCAUUUGUUGAGAAACAGCAGCAAGAGAGGAGUGACUUGGUCACAGAGCUUAAGGAGCUGAGAGGAAAGAUUGAGGAGAUGGAACAUCAUCUCCACCAGGCUGUGGAAGACUUUCAGAAUGAGUGUCUAGAGCUGCAGGGCACUGUGGCUGAUCUGGAAGAGAAACUGAAGAACAGCGUCUCCUUAGCAGUGAAACAAGAAGAACAGAUAGAAGCACUUUUGGCUGAAGGAGACAAACUGACACUUAAAGGUCAUCAGAUGAAGUCAUGUGUCAGAGAAGCCAUUAGAUCUCAAACCAUGAGUAAUGAUCUCCCCAAAGAUAUUAUGAUUGAGCCUCAAGAUCCAUCAGCAGACAGUUUCAUUGUCAACGAUAUCCACAAUAAUGUGAUGGCAGAACAGUCAAAAGGCUUCUGUGUUCUGGGAGAGAAUUCACCAAUAGCACAGCAUGAAGAACUUAAAAGACAAUUGUCCCUGCAGGAGAAAGACACAAGAGACUUUGGGAACCCAGAGCCUUUCAAUGCACAGGUGUUAAAAAUCAUCAGUGGGGAGAUUCUCACCUGUCGAGGAGGUAAUAAUACAGAUGGCACUGAAAAGCUGGAUGAUGACUGCUUUAUUGAUGAUGAUGAGGCUUCUAGUACUGAGGAACUACAUGAACCUUACAGCUAUGAGCCAUUGUGUGUUGAUAUUGCAGAAAGACCAGGCAGUAUCACCAAGGAUUCUGUAAGUUUUCCUUUUAACAAUUUUGGUGUCUCCAGCACUGAAGAAAUCACUGAACUUGGUCCAGAUCAUGAGUUUGUGAUCGCUAGUCUUGGCACUAGAUCUUUUAUUGAAGAGACCAAAUCUCUAGUUGUUGGGGAAUUAUGUAAGAAUUCUGCUGAAGCAAACAGUGAGGUCAUCAACAUUGUGUCUGAGGAUAUAGUGAGGCCAAAAGGUGCAGAGAAGUGUAAUUCCACUGAUUCUGAAGUAGCAGACAUAGAUCGAGUGAAUAUCACAGAGCAUGAUGAAGGUACACAAAAUAUUGAACUGAACCAUGGUACAUUCUUUAAAGAUACUGUUGAGAUGGCAGAUGAAGAGGUACCAAGGUGGAGCAGUGAUGAGUUUAAUCCUGUGGGAGUGUUGGUGAAGAAUGGUACCGUUUGCAUAAGUACAGAGAUAGUUCAACAUGAUUCUAACACAGCCAGAGGAUUCAAAGGUGCUAAUAUUACCACAAACACGACAGACCCAGACCUUCUUGUGGUCACAGUUACACAAGCUGAAGUUUCAUAUCAUGAGGAGCCAAUGCAAGGUCAUGAAAUGCAAGAAAAGAUUGAAGUUGACACCACCACCAUUGUCAAGACUGAUGACAGCAGUACUACCAGUUCUCCACACCAGGUUCUAGCCCUUGAAUGUGGCCCCAUGCUAAAAAAGGAGCAUGAACAAACGGCAUAUGGUGCAGAUUUGUGUGCUAUAGAGAUUCUGGAGUUGCAGGCAAUAGCAGUGCAGUUCAAAUACCAAAGUCAUCUCUUAGAGCUGCUUGAGGAGCAGAACAGAAGCACUAUGAAGCAAAACCUCUCCCUUCAGGCCCAGCUGGUUAACCUGCAGCAGCGCAAUGACAAGCUGGAGAUGAUGCUAGAUCUGAAUAAAGGCAAGCUCCUCACCAAUCAGAAGGUUCUAGAGGAGAGUCAUGACCUUAGGAUUGACCUGACCGCUAUGGCAGGCCAUGCUAAAGAAUUGGAGAUAAACGCAUCGGAUCUUGCUGAGCUCCAGGUGUGCAAUGAAAAGUGCGUCUGUGAGAAUGUGGAGCUGGCAGAGCAAAAAAUGAAACCGGAGAGAAGAGCGCAAGACCUGGAGAGCAAGACGCACAUUGUCCGAGACUUCGAGGAGCAACACUCAAGCUUGAUGAAGCAGAUUAUGAGCAUGCAUAAAGAGAAUGCAAGGCUGAGCACAGCAGUGCAGGAUCUGGAGCACCAGGAUAAGGUGCUUCUGACACUGCAAGAAGAGACAUCUGUAGACUCCUCAGAUGAUUCCUUUCAGGACCUCAGCUUCCAGCUGGGAGUGAAGAUUGCCACAAUGUGGGAGCUGGAAGACUGCUGCUUGGAGUUUGACAAACAGAACCCUUGUCUGCAGUCUGCAUUUACUCACCUGCAGAAGAAGUCUCUCAGGAUCAAGAAGAAGAUACAGGAACAUAGGAAUGAAGCUGGACGUCUGGCUGAGGAAAACCUCCUUUUGAGACAGAAUAUCUCAGAACUGAGGGAAGAGGACCUGAAAGAGAAGCAGCAGGAGCUGCUACUGAAAGUGGAGCACUUCCGGAAGGAGAAAAACGCUGCUCAGAAGAUGGCUGAUGGUUUGAAGAGGCAGAUUUCUGAGCUGCGUCGUCGUGGUAAACAGCUAGAGGAGGAGAACAGUGCUUUAUCACAGCAGAAUGCAAAACAUGCACUCGGUGUUAACACACUUCAACAUACUCUCGAGGACGUGAUCAUCCAUCAUGGAAAUGGUUCCUUCAGUGAAAGGAGUGAGAUAAAAGACGGAUCGUUUGCAGCAUCUGUUAGCAGAACCGAAAAGCUGGAAGAGGAGAAGAAGCUUCUACGAACAGAACUGAAUCGCUGUGUGGAGAAGAUGGCUCAGCUUCGUUCAGCAGAAACUCAGCUGGCUCAGCUCUUGCAAGAGAGACAGCAGGCAGACAAACAUAACAAAGCGUUACGUACACAAAUGAUCAAGGCACAGGAGAAUAUCCAAGCACUGGAUUUUACACUGCAAGGGCUGACUCAGCAGAACGCUCGUCUGAAAUCGGACCUGCGCGUGACACAACAAGAGCGAGACACUCUCAAACAGGAAGUGAUCUCACUGCAUAAACAGCUGCAGGAUACCAGUGAAAAGUGUCGUUUGGUGGAGAUGUCUGUAUCAGGCAGCUCGCACCAGGGAAAGCAUGUGUGGGCGGAGAUGUCUGGGCUGAAGGAGGCAGAGCUGAAUUUGUUGCGUGAAGAAAAUCAGAGACUGCUUCGAGAGAUCAAUGAUGCACGGCUGGAGCUCAGCUCUGCACGAGAGAAGGCUCGACAGCUGGAGGCACUGGUGUUGAGUGUGAAACUGCAGAAGCAGCAGAAUCAAGCAAGCCUGGCCAAGACGGCAGAGCAGGAGAGAUUAGCUCUCAAACGAGAGAUGGAGGCUCUGCAAACGCAAUUAAACAAUACGCUGUGUGACGGUAGUGAAGAGCAGAGAGAAAUUGAGAAUCUUCAUGCGGAGAAUGAGAGACUGAGGAACAGACAGACAAUACUAGAGUCCCAACUGAUGGAGGCUCAGAUUAUAGCCAUGUUACCGCCAUCGCCACGGCGACUGUCAGCGGAGCGAAGAGGACAGCGCCAUGUAGAUGAGAUGAACCCGGACAUGAAUAAAGAGCAGGAAGUGGCACUGUUAAAGAUGGAGGAAAAGAUGAAGGAUGUGGAGCUCACACUCCGAAAUGUCAAACUGUUGCUGAAAGAGAAGGUUUCCCAGCUGAAGGAGCAGCUGAAUAAGAACAGUAAAGCAGAUGUGUUGAUCAAGGGUCUUUAUGUGGAGAAUGCUCAGCUAUUGAAGGCUCUGGAAGUGAGUGAGCAGAGGCAAAAGGUGGCAGAAAAGAAGAAUUACCUCCUGGAGGAGAAAAUCUCCAGUCUCAAUAAGAUCGUUCGUGAACUAAGUCCCUCGCCACUAAUGCCCGUGCCAUACCACAUGACCCGCUCCUGAUAACCCACUUCACACUGUUUAAUCUACGUUUCUGCGUUAUUUAUUUAUUUUUAUUUUUAUUAAGGGGACCGGUAAGAGGUCAUGUUUUUCAAAUGAAACCACAAUUUUUGCACAACAUAAAUACUACUCUGCUGGGAAAAACAAAACAAAACAAUAGAAACCUUCAUAGAACUUGUAACAGUGGUAAUGUUUAUAAUGAGAAUUGUAUUGGUUUUAAUGGAAACUGAUUUCAGACGAGCACAGGGACUGUAUGGUCCCUGUGGGUCGCUACAGGUAAUUUGCUGCCUUCCAUUGAUGGCAUGUUAUGUCUAGUGGAUACCAUUAAAGAUCUACUGUGUAAUGGAAACCAUUUGGUAAUGGUUUUAAUGGUUAACAACUGAUGGUUUGUAAUGGUAUUUUUAUUGGAAACCAUUAGAACUUCUGUGAUGGUUUCUAUGAUUGUUUUUUCAGCAGGGUAAUGAAAAGCACACCGAUGAAGGAAACUGUCAGUGUUUUCAGAUUGUCUGGUUGGACCUAGAAGUAUUGGUGCAUAUUAUUUAUAUGCUUGCUAGGGGGAAAAACUCUGCUCUUUCUAAGAGUAUAAACAUUUGUGCUUCCUUAAAGAUGCAGUUUGUGCUCCAGAGCAGUUGCCAUGGAAACCCUGACCCCACCCUUUCUGCUGAAACCGCCUCUCUUGUGAGUUGGCUUUGAGAAAAACAUGCACAGCUGAGCAACUCAAUUCUGGUUGGGGAUGGAGCAUAUUUUUGAGCCAGAAAACAGCUUAAAACACAGAAUCUAGACCAUGAUAUUGUGAAUCAGGUUUUUUAAGGUAUUUUUGAAACUGUAGGAUUCAUACAGGUCUACAAACCUUACAGCAUUAAAACAAACUCAUGUAAAAUCAGACUCCACAUACUCCAUCACUCAGGCAUAAAUAUAAAUCGACUUGAUUUCAGCUUUAUAGAGUAAAAUUACAUUGUUUGUACAAAAGAAUUUCUAUAAUAGAAAUAAUUUCUAUUAUGUUAGAUCGGUCAAGCAUCAUUCCAUUUACCUAUUUGCACUGAAUUAGUCUAAUAAUUAUAUUCUUACAAACUGAAAAUGUUUUUGUAUGAAAUUGUAACCAUGUUACUAUGUUAAUAAUAAUUCUCUGACUAUUGAAUUUCCUUAUAGAGAUGUGGGAUGGACCCAUAGUAGUCUUACUCCCCUUAAACUAAAAUAUCCUGAUGUCAAAGUGCACUUUCUCUAGGAGCAAUAUGGAAAUAUUGUGAAUCAAAGUGUUUGUUUGUUUUUCUCUUCAUGAGCAGUAUUUGUUUCAUUUUUCUAUCAUGGAAAAGUGUUUAGUACCUGUUAUAUAUCUCUUAUAUAUAAUUAUCUAUAUAUAAAUAUCUGUUUUAAAUAAUUAUUUUUCUGUAUAUGCUGUGCUGGUGUUCAUUAAAGUAUUACAAUUUCUAUUUUAGUUAAUUGUAUAAAUACAGUCCCCUCAGAAACUAUUGAAACGGCAAGGCCAAUUCAUUUGUUUGUGCUGUACACCAGAGACAUUGGAUUUUGAGAUGAAAAGAUGGAUAUAAGACGAGAGUUUAGGGUUUCAGCUUUUAUUUCCUGGUAUUUACAGCUAGAUGUGAAAACAACAUAAAACAUAGAACCUUUUACCACAGCUUCUUUCAGUUGUUGUUUGUUUCGGGGGGGGAGUUCUCCCUUCUGUCUCCUUUUCAAGAGGUGAAAUGCAUUCUCAAUUGGGUUAAGGUCUGGUGAUUGAUUGAUUUGGCCAAUCUAAAACCUUCCACUUUUCCCCCUUGAUAAAGUCCUUUGUUGAGUUCUAUGUCGUUUAACACCUCUACAUAUAAAUAGCAGGAAAUAAAAGCUGAAAUUCUCUUCUCGUAUUCAUCUUUUGAUCGCAAACCCAAAUGAAUUGGCCUUGCCGUUCCAAUAGUUUCUCCGGAAACUGCAGAGAACAAACACUUUAAAAGUCUUUACUAGCAUUUUUGUAAACCUAAAUGAAGGCAGUGAGUUUGGCUGCCCAAAUAAAGAUGAGAAACUAUCUGGCAAUGAAUGUAAGCCUGCAAUAAAACAACAUGGUACUGAGACAGGAAGUAUUUGUAUUACAGUGUCUGAGCUGUUGCUGUUCAGCAGAACCAUAGAGAUUUUCCCACUGUCACUGGCCCAGUUAACACUGUCCAGACUCUACCUGUCAAGCACUGCUGUUACCCAGCCAAGUGACUGACAAUGUGCUGGGUUAUUGUGAAUUACUCUGUAUGAAGCAGUAAAAUAGUGUUGGAGAAUGUAA